UACUUGGGAUGUACUUGGUGUAUGAGCAAUGCCGCGCCUUACUUGUUUUUAAGUUUGCUAGUUUGACUAUAACUAUUAUUUGGACUUGAAUCAGCAAUAAUCGCAUAAGCCAUGCUAACUAAUGUUCCAGCAAUAAGAAAGUUUAAUUAAAGCAAAUAUUCCAAGAGGAAGUAAUCAUUUAAAAAAUGGCUGGAACUGAUAGGGUUUCUAUGAAUGAUGCCUUAUCUAAUGUAGAAGUUCUAGAUGAAUUACCUUUACCGGAUGAACAACCUUGCAUUGAAGCUCAGCCGUGUUCUGUAGUGUAUCAAGCCAAUUUUGAUACAAAUUUUGAAGAUAGAAAUGGGUUUGUAACUGGUAUUGCCAAAUACAUAGAAGAAGCCACUGUUCAUGCUAGUUUGAAUGAGCUUCUGGAUGAAGGACUUGAACAUGCCGUGAUGCUCUAUACUUGGAGGUGUUGUUCUCGUGCAAUACCACAGCCAAAAUCAAAUGAACAACCGAACCGGGUGGAAAUAUAUGAAAAAACAGUUGAAGUUUUGGCCCCGGAAGUUAACAAAUUGCUAAAUUUUAUGUACUUCCAGAGGAAAGCCAUUGAGAGAUUUUCUCAGGAAGUUAAAAGAUUGUGUCAUGCUGAAAAGAGAAAAGACUUUGUCUCUGAGGCUUAUCUCCUAACAUUAGGAAAAUUUAUUAACAUGUUUGCAGUCUUAGAUGAAUUAAAAAACAUGAAAUCUAGUGUUAAAAAUGAUUACUCCACUUAUAGAAGGGCUGCACAAUUUUUGAAAGUAAUGUCUGAUUCUCAAACUUUGCAAGAGUCACAAAAUUUAUCUAUGUUCUUAGCUACACAAAAUAAAAUUCGUGAUACAGUUAAAGAGAAUCUAGAGAAAAUUACAGGCUAUGAAGAAUUAUUAGCAGAUGUAGUAAACAUUUGUGUGCAUAUGUUUGAGACCAAAAUGUACUUGACUCCUAGCGAAAAACAUAUGCUAGUAAAAGUUAUGGGUUUUGGUCUGUUUUUAAUGGAUAGUGAAUUGUGCAAUAUUAACAAAUUGGAUCAGAAAAAGAAGCUAAGGCUGGAUAGGAUUGAUAGAAUAUUUAAGAACUUGGAAGUAGUGCCAUUGUUUGGGGAUAUGCAAAUUGCUCCUUUUAAUUACAUAAAACGCAGUAAACAUUUUGACUCAAGUAAAUGGCCUUUAUCAAGCAGUCAAACACCAUCCCCUCAAGCUGAUCUUAUGGUUCAUUUACCUCAAAUCCGUGAGGAUCAUGUGAAAUACAUCAGUGAAUUAGCACGCUAUAGCAAUGAAGUUACAACUACAUAUAAAGAAUGUGGCAGUGAUACUGAAAAUAAAGAAACUGCUGAUUUGGCUUUGCGGGGCCUUCAGCUCCUUUCUGAAUGGACAAGUGUUGUAACAGAACUUUAUUCUUGGAAACUUUUGCAUCCCACCGAUCAUCAUCAGAAUAAGGAGUGCCCUAAAGAAGCUGAGGAGUAUGAAAGGGCAACUAGAUAUAAUUACAGUGAUGAAGAGAAAUUUGCCCUUAUUGAAGUUAUAGCAAUGAUUAAGGGUCUCCAAGUGUUAAUGGCUAGAAUGGAAACUGUCUUUACAGAUGCUAUUAGAAGGAAUAUUUACGCAGAGUUACAAGAUUUUGUUCAGGCCAGUCUAAGAGAGCCUUUAAGGAAAGCUAUCAAGAAUAAAAAGGAUCUAAUAAGAAGUAUUAUAAUGUCAGUUAGGGAGACAUGUGCUGAUUGGUCUAGAGGUUUUGACCCACUGCAGGAUCCGGCCUUAAAAGGCAAAAAAGAUCCUGAAUCUGGUUUUAAUUUGAAAGUUCCUAGAAGGAAUGUCGGUCCAUCUUCUACUCAGUUAUACAUGGUAAGAACCAUGCUUGAAUGUCUAAUAUCAGAAAAAUCGGGAGGUAAAAAGACACUGCGGAAAGAUAUAGAUGGUUCUUACUUGGUACAAAUUGAUCAGUUUCAUAAGACGUCUUUUAAUUGGAAUUAUUUAUUAAGCUUUAGUGAAUACCUUCAGAAGUGUUGCGACUUGUCACAAUUGUGGUAUCGCGAGUUUUAUCUAGAGAUGACUAUGGGAAGAAGAAUAAAUAAAUGCACCGUAAGGCAUCAUCACAAUGAAGAAUGUAAUGACCUUAUUACGAUGGAAAAGAGAAUUCAGUUUCCAAUCGACAUGUCCAUGCCGUGGAUUUUAACGGAUCAUAUUUUAAAAACUAAAGAACCUUCAAUGAUGGAAUACGUGUUGUAUCCUUUGGAUCUGUAUAACGACAGCGCCCUUUAUGCGUUAACAAUAUUUAGGAAACAAUUUUUGUAUGAUGAAGUGGAAGCCGAGGUGAAUCUCUGCUUCGAUCAGUUCGUUUAUAAGCUCAGUGAGCAAAUCUUUGCUUAUUACAAGCAACUCGCUGCCAGUAUAUUUUUAGACAAACGCUUUAGAGUCGAAUGCUCCGCAAUUGGGGCAUACUUGUUGCCUUAUCCUAGGGCAAACAGAUACGAAACUUUAUUGAAACAAAGGCACGUGCAAUUAUUGGGCCGUUCUAUCGAUUUAAAUAAACUUAUUACACAACGAAUUAAUGCGGACAUGCAAAAAUCUUUAGAUCUCGCGAUUAGUAAAUUUGAAGCUGGCGAUAUAACGGGUGUUGUGGAACUUGACGGUCUGCUGCAAGUAAACCGAUUGUGUCACAAAUUACUGAGCAAGUGGCUUGCAUUAGAUGAUUUUGACUCCAUGUACAGAGAAGCAAAUCACAAUGUUCUCGCGCCUUAUGGUAGAAUUACGUUACACGUUUUUUGGGAAUUGAACUAUGACUUCCUGCCUAAUUACGUUUAUAACGCUGCCACUAAUAGAUUUACAAAAUAUAGAGGAAUCGCUUUCACCCAAGUCGUUUCUAGGGACAGACCACCUCAGAUGUCACAUCAUUAUCUUUGGGGUACUAAACAAUUGAAUUUAGCGUACACCACCCAAUAUAGUCAAUAUUCCGGUUUCGUUGGGCCUCAACACUUUCAUACAAUGUGCAAACUGCUAGGCUACCAAGGCAUUGCAGUUGUUAUGGAAGAAUUACUGAAAAUCGUCAAGAGUCUUAUCCAGGGAAGUUUGUUGCAAUUCACGAAAACUUUAAUGGAAGCCAUGCCAAAAAUUUGCAAGCUACCUAGAUAUGACUACGGUUCUCCAGGUGUAUUAGGUUACUAUCACGCCCAGUUAAAUGAUAUUGUUCAGUAUCCCGACGCGAGAACGGAACUGUUCCACAAUUUCCGCGAAUUCGGCAACAUCAUUCUAUUUUGUUUGUUAAUGGAGCAAGCGUUGUCACAAGAGGAAGUGUGCGAUCUGUUACAAGCGGCUCCAUUCCAAAAUAUCCUGCCUAGGCCUUUUUGUAAAGAAGGUGAGAAACUUGAAACGAAACAAAAAAGACUGGAAGCGAAGUAUGCCGCAUUGCAAAUAGUACCUAAUAUUGAAAAACUCGGUACCGCGAAACAAGCGAUGAUUUCGCGCGAAGGCGAUCUUUUAACGAGAGAACGCUUGUGUUGCGGUCUGUCGAUUUUCGAAGUGGUUCUAAACAGACUACGCAGUUUCUUGGACGAUCCAGUAUGGGUGGGACCUCCACCCACCAAUGGCGUGAUGAAUGUGGAUGAGUGUACUGAAUUUCAUCGAUUGUGGUCAGCGUUACAGUUCGUGUACUGUAUCCCAGUUAGUGAAAACGAAUAUACAGUCGAGGAAAUGUUCGGUGAAGGACUUCAUUGGGCGGGUUGUACUAUGAUCGUUUUGCUAGGCCAACAACGUCGAUUUGAAGCUCUCGACUUUUGUUAUCACAUUUUAAGAGUGCAAAGAGUGGAUAUGAAAGAUGAACUGGUUAAGAGAAUUAAUUUGAAGAGGAUGUGUGACAGAAUUCGUCGGUUUCAAGUCCUGAACUCCCAAAUUUUUGCCGUUUUAAAUAAAUUUUUAAAGUCCGGUGAAAAUGACGAACUAUCCGUGGAACAUGUGAGAUGUUUUCCACCACCGAUCCAUGCUUCAUUGAACCCCCAACCCCAACACUAUCAUGCUCCAGAACAUUUGAGACAGUGUUAAAGGACCGUGUCUCCUGUUACCCAUGCUUUUUUAUUUCUAUAAAAAAAAUAGACUUAUAAUUUAUUUAUAUUAAGUUCUAACAUAACACAUUUUUAUAAUGAUAAUUGUCUUUUAAACUUUUAUAGUCUUUUAUAAUGCAUUAGGCGCUAAGUUAUAAUUUAUAAAGUGUAUUUCACGAGUAUGUGUGUAUAUAUAUAUAUGAUUCUUAUCAAGUACC